AUGUUAUCUCAAACGUCUUAAACAGAAUUCAUUUUGAGGGGAGGCGGUUGCGGAUCUUGGAAAACAAGCCCUCUGGAAACAAGUUUUUUAAAGUCAGAUAAUCAAGAACUUUAUAAUUUUUUUAACAAAUUCAAUUUUUAUGUUGAGAAAAUCUGCACCAAGGCUAUUGUUGCAGCUGAUUAGUUAGAAUCUUAAGAAAUAAUGAUAGCUUUAUAAUGGUUUAUUUUUUAAGAAGAAAGCAUUUACAAACUCAAUAAGAAUGCUUAAGGUGUAGUGAAAUCAUACGAUUUAAUUUUGGAGGGAGUUAGAAGAUUAUUGAAAAGCUGUUUGUUCUAUAUCAAAACAGAUUCGUUUAAGUGUUUAUAUAUCUUAUAGACAACGGCAUCUCUGUCAAAAGUAAUUUUUAGCUUCCAUUUACUAAAUGGGGAGAGAUUUAUGAAAUAUGAUUUAUAAAAGGAAUUUUUGGAUAUCUCUGAUGAACUAAGAUAACAUAUGGAAAUAGAGAAGAAUGAUUUGAUUCAAAAUUAAAUGGAACUCUACCUUUUCUUAACGAAAACUUCUUUCGAAAUGGCACCAAACAAUAGUAAUGAAAGGGAAGAAAUUUUAAAAGGAUGUUUAAGUGGUAUAAUUGGUUCGAUAAUUUAAAUGAAGCCAAAUGAAGAAUUGCUAGAAUCAUUGUUUCAGGGAGUCUGUCAUCUUUACAAAUUGUAUGUUGUAAAUAACAAUAGAAAUUAAUUUGAGGUUUAUUUUUAAAUAGAUAUGUUGUAGUGGGAGAUAAUAAAUUAUUUUAAGAAUGAAAAGUGGUAAACCUUAGACUAAAUAAUUUGUCAAGUAGAAGAAAUACAUUCUAAAAUUGUGAAAAAUUCAAAUGUAUGGAAAUUUCAUUAUCUUUGGGUGUAAAUGAUUGGGAAAAUCAUAUUAUACAAUCCUAUAUUAACCAAAAAAAAAUUAUCACAACUAAUAAAUGAUUUUAAUUUCGGAUUAAAAUCAGAUUAAAUUUGGAAGGAUUAUCAUAGAAAAGGCUUAAUAAUUUAAAUGAAUUAUAGUAAUGAUUAAGCAAUCAUCCAAUUAAAUAAACUUUAAGAUAAUUAAUUAAGUUAAAUUGACACAACAAUAUUUGAAUCUUGUUUCAAGGAAUGGGAAAUUUUCUUACUACUUAAAGAUGUUCUCAUGAAUGAAUAAUAGCAAAAUUUCCCUUUUUCUCUUGGAUCAUAUUUAAAAUGUAAAUUAGAGAUUGGGGAAGAAUUUCAAAGAAAUGAGGAUAUAUUGGCAAUUAAUAAUAUCUAAAGUUUUUUAGGUUUUCUAAUAUCCAAUUAGUUAUUAACAUUAAUUAAACAAAAUGAUGAGAAAUUGGAAGAAGUAAUAAAAAUGUGUAGAAAUAUAAGGAAUGAUAAGUAAUAUAAUGAGAGUGUAACAUUAUAAGUUUCCAAAUAAUAAAUAAAAAGAAUUAUACAUAAAUUAUAAGACUAUUUCUAAAACACAUAGACUAUAAUUAAAAUUAUGAGGCUUAAUUAGAGUGUAUCGAAAAAUAGAAAUGAACAUAAAGAUAUUUAGAAACUGAAAAACCUAUUUAGACUAUAGGAGGUAUUAUAAUUAUAUAUCAUUUUAAAUUAAAGAAAUCCUUAAAACAAAAAAUUUACUGAUGAUAAUGGUGUUAUUUAGGAGUGGAUAUGUUUAAUUUCGGAAGAAUUAACAACAAUUGAUUUGAAAGAAUAUAAAUUACCAUUUCUCGAUGCAUCAGCAACUCAACAAUCGAGAAACUAAAUUCUAGUACAUGUUGAAAAGUUAAUAGAAAUUUUAUAGAAGGAUAUUUACAAAUUAGAAAUAAAAUAGAUCCAAAACAACUUAUUAUAAUAUUUUUAGAGUUUAGUAAAUAAUCUUUAUUUAUAUUAUGAAAAUGUGAGCAGUGAACUUUCAUAAAAUUAAUUGGAGUUCAAUUUAUGUCUGAAGGAAAUUAUGAUCAUCAUGUAUUAAAUUGAGACAGUGCCCUAAAUUUUCGAUCUUAAAAAAAUUAAAAAAGCUCUUGAUGACAUGCAUUUGCUUAAAUUUCUAGACAACUUAAGGUGCAGCAAUAUGAGGCUAAAAUUAAAAUUGGUUAAUUCAAGGAAAUCUUUUUCAAUAAUUUUAGAAAAAGCUAAAUUAGACGAAUUAAGAAAGUUGUUAGAAGUUAUACAUCUUGAUUAAUUUUUGCUAAAUUUAAUUUAAGAUUUUCCAAAGAGAAUUAUGAGAGAAAACACUAAGUUUGAUACAUUAUUUCUCUCUGAACUACAAAAUAUUAAUAUUAAAGAAGAAGACUUUGCAAAUAGGUUAUCAAAGUAAAAAGGAAUUAUAAAAUAUCUUAUAUUUAAAUACAGCAUAAAGGCAAAAAUGUUUGACUCAGAAAGUAAAGAUUUAGAGUUGAUUGAAAAGGAAUUUGGAGAAUAAUUCAUCAAGGAAAUUCCAUCCUAAUUUUCUACAGAAAAAAUUAAGAAAAUUUUUGAGGAUCUUUAAGUUGAUGAAUCAUUAAAAAAUGUGAGGGAAGUAAAAUUUAAUUUAUUAGAUUUGAGAUUGGAAAAAGAAAAAUAUAAAGAUUUAGGUAAAUGUUAAUUGAUUGAGAAUUGGAAUUCGAUAGUCAUGCAAAUAGAAACUGUGAUUAAAACAAUUGAAACUUUUGGAUAAACAGACAAAGAAAUUGGUAAAAUGUUAAUUAAUGAAGAACUGAUGAAUUUAAAAAUCAUGAUAAGUCAAAACAAAAUAACUUUGAAGGAAUUGCAAGUAUAGGUAUCUGAAGAAUAAUUAAGACAGGAGGGAGUCUUAAAUAAAAACAGUAAUCUUACUGACCAAUUUUAAUUAAAUUCAUAAUUAGAAGGACAAAGUGAAAAUGACAAAAUAUGUGAACUUAAAUAAAAUGGAAAGAAAUUUAACUUUCGCAGCGACAAUAACUAUAGAACUUACUUAUCCUUCAUGAUUAAGAUAAUAAAGUUAAAAAAAUUAAAACUCCAAGAAGAGAUGGAGCUAUUAUAGAAAUUACUUGAAGAAUUUGUGCUUUUCUCUGUAAAGCUUGACUAAAUUGAAAAGUAUAAAAUAGAAAUUUAAAUUAAAUUCCAAUAAAGAUUUUAAUGUUAUAUUUAAGAAUUUAUUUAGAAGUUUGAGCUAUUAUAAUUGACAGACGUAAAUUUAUAUUAGAAGGAAGAUGAAAGUUUUCAUUUGUAUUUGGACAGAAUAGAAACUGAGUUAUUUAAAAGAAUAAAAGAUAAAGAGAUUAUUCAAACAUAUAUAAAUAUCCCUGAUUUUCUCAAUUAAUUAGAGAUUUAUGUCUAUGAAAAAGUUGUCUCACAAAGGUGUUUUGCUAACAGCCCAAUUAAAUAAGAUUUUCUUAUUAAAUAAAUAAAAAAAAUUUAUUUAGAGGACUUAGAAGAAGUGGAAGCUGAUGAAGAAUCAAAUCAAUAAUUUGGAUUAGAGGAUAAUUUAAUUCAAAAAUACCAAGAUUUUAUAAAUAAUGAUUAAUGGAAAAUUAAAUAGGGUUUGGUGUUUACUAUAAUUUAAAUUUCUUCUAAUAGUUAUUCAGAUAAUGUUACUUCUUUUUGUUAGAAAGUUCUAAUAAAAAUGUGGAUUCAAGAAAAAGAUUUGAGAGUUAGAAAUAUUUUAAAACAUAAACACUUAAUAAGCUUAUAAAUGUAAAUUAUGUAAAAAGAUUGGUCUACUUAAAUUGAAAGAAUUGCCAAAAAAAUGUAGGAAAUGUUGAGCAGAAUUGAUGAAUUAUAAGAAUAAAUUUCUCAUGAGGCCAAUCUCAAAAAAAGAGAUCUAGAUUUGAAAGAACUUGAUGAAACAACAGAGAAAAUAGAUUAGUAAAUUGAAAAUAUUAGCGAAAUGGGUUAAUAGCUGAAUCUGAUAACUGAUUUUGUGAAUCAUAUCAGAAAGGGUUUGAUAAGAGUUGAGGGUAAAAUUAAUGAAAUGAAGGAGCAACUCAAAAGCAUAGAGGAAAAUCUGUUGAAUAAUUAUUUGAAAUUAGAAAAUGGAAAGUAUUAAAAGACGCUGCAUAUAAGAACAUUAAAUCCAUUUACGUACCAUUAUAAACCAAAGAGAUAUAUCAUAAAGCAAUCAUAGGGGAAAAGAAAGAUGAUAAAAUUAAAAUAAAUUAAUGAUACAGAAGGAGAAGUGAAUGAGUUUUUAUUAGAAGAGAAAGAAACAGUGCUAUUAAUUCAUGGGGUAGCUGGAUCUGGCAAAAGUACGACAGCUAAGAAAAUAGAAGAAUUUAUUUGGAAAUUACAUGACAAUAAUAAAAAAAUUAGAAAUCAAGUGCUUAUACCUGUUUAUAUCUCCUUACCCUCAUUAAAAAACCCAGUUUUUUAAGCAGUAGAGGAAGCACUUCAUCAAGAUGAGUAUGGCUUUGACGAACUUUAAUUAAAAGAAUGUAAAGAGAUUUUAGAAGGGAAAGAAUUCAGAUUGUUAUUGAUAAUGGAUAGUUAUGAUGAGAUGAGACUAGAGAUGAUUUAGAAAAAUUUAUACAUAAAUAAUAAACUCAAAUAGAAUUGGUUUGACCCACUUGUUAUUUUUACCACAAGGAGUGAAAUUUUUACAAGUAGUAAUUAUGCCUUUUGGUUUGCACCUGAUAAUAAAGAAAAUAUAAAGGAGAUUCAACUUCAAAAAUUUAAUCCUGAUUAAACAAUGGAAUAUUUAAAAAAAUUCACAAUUUAGAGUGUUAAAAUGUUGAUUUUCGAAAUAUAUGAAUGGUAGACAUAAAUUUUAAAUCGAGGAGUGUUGGAUAUCAAUAAUUUUGAAAUUAGUUGGGAAGAAUUGUAAGAAUAAUGUCUGAAUUUAGAGGUAACAAAUUUCAAUGGUGAAGCCCUUUUGAAUUAAAAAUAAAUAGAGAAUAUUUUAUCAUUUUUGAAGAAUAAUUAUUUCUUUAGUUUCAAAAGUAAUGAAGCUUUAAGAAGUCUAAGCGUAAAAUUAUAAAAAUUAUGGAGUGUUGAAAAGUAUGAAAAGAUGAUGAAACACAUAAAUUUACAUAGAUUGGUAGAAACCCCAUAUAUGAUGGAAAUUAUAGUAUAAGUGUUACCAAAAAUGAUGGUAAAAGCUUCUGAGAUAAUUAAUUUGAGAUUAAAUUUUCUAAAAAAUUUUCCAAAUAUGCUUCAUGAGUUUUACAAAAGUAACUACCUGAUUCGAUUGUAUAAUUGGCAAUAGAAAUAGCAUUUAGCACAGUAUGAAACAGAAUCAGAGGUUACUUCAACUGAUGUGGAAAACUUAGAGAAAAUUAACUACUUUGAAAUUGCUCUUGGAGUUUGGAAUAAAAUGGAAGAAAAUUCAAUUGCUAUCCAAUUUUUCAGCCACCAAGAAUUAAAUGAUCUUAACAAAAUACUCUUCAAUUUAUUUGAACACAACUUUGAACUAUUCAAUAAUGCAUUUGCAAAAAUUUACAUUCAGAAAGAUAGAAUAAUUGAAGUUGUUUCUAAAGCAUUAUAUGAACUCAAUCUUUCAAAUUAUGACUUUUAUAAUGAGUUUAUUAAUUAAUAUCAUUAUCAAUAAAUAGAAAAGCAGAGAAAUAUGGGAAAAUCAAUACAUAUUGAUCGGUUUUUACAUGACUUAAAAAAGUAUUCAACAAAUCUUGCAAAAGUAAUGAGCAGAAAAUAAAUGACAUAAGUUGAAUUUUAAUAAUAUGGAUUUCUUUAUUAAGAAGAAAGAGAAGAGGAGAAGUGGUAAAAUGAAUUUUUUAACGAUGAUGAUCGUUAAUUUGGUUCCUAUUAAAAGGAUUUAAGGAGUUGUUCGCUAAUCAAAUAAAAAGGAACUAACUUUUAAUUUGCCCAUAAAUCAAUUUAAGAGUUCUAUAUAGCAGCUGAUAUAUAUGAUAUAUUAGUGUUAUCCAAAGACUUUAAUGAGCAGAUAUUCAACUGGAUGUUAGAAUAGUUAUCAAAAGAGAACAAUUAUGAUAAAAAUUGUAUAGAAUAUUUAUCAAAUUAAAUUAAUUAAGAGAACCUAAUUAAAGUAGAUGUAUUUAAAACAAAAAUAUAAUUAACUUUGAAUCUUUUGAGAACUUUAAAAAAACAUGAAUUUUUUUUAGAAAAUUAUUCAACUUCUACAUAUGCUGAGACUAGAAAGUACUUGAACUAAAAAAUAAAUAAAGAAAGAUUGAUAAUAGAGUUUUUGAAAUUUCUGGUGUAUUUAACAGCGGUUGAUAAAAGUUUUAUAUAGGGGGGUUCAAACUCACUUAAUAUAUUAGUUGAGAUGUAAGUUGAUCUAACAAAUCUUAAUUUUGAGAAAAUUAGGAUCAAAAACACUUCCAUAGAAGGAGGUAAUUUUGCUAAAUGCAAUUUAAGCCGAUCAGAAUUUACUGAUGUGAAUAUAAAUGAAAUUAAUCUAAAUGGAGCAUAAAUGUUUAACUGCAAAUGGUAUAAUCUGAUAAUUAAUGAUUUAUAUUCAUUUUAUGGUCAUUAAGCAUCUGUUGAAACGGUUGGCUUCUCUUCUGAUGGUACGACAUUAGCAUCUGGUAGUAGGGAUAACUCUAUUCGUUUAUGGGAUGCUAAGACAGGAAAAUAAAAAGCCAAAUUAGAUGGUCAUUCAGAUGGAAUUCUAUCAAUCAAUUUCUCUCCUGAUGGUACUACAUUAGCAUCUGGUAGUCAAGAUAAGUCUAUUCGUUUAUGGGAUGUGAAGACAGGAAAAUAAAAAGCGAAAUUAGAUGGUCAUUCAGGUUAUGUGUAUUCUGUCAAUUUCUCAGAUGAUGGUAAUAUAUUAGAAUAUGGUAGUGAGGAUAUGUAUAUGGAUUUAUGGGAAUUUUAGAAAGGAUAAUAAAAAGGGAGAUUUGAUUGUUAUUAAAGUUAUAUUUAUUAAAUAAAUUUAUAUGAUGAUGGUAAAAAAUUAGAGUAUGGUAGUAAAGAUAAGUAAAUAAGUUUAGGGGAUGUGAAGAAAGGGAAAUAAAAGAAAAUAAUAGAUGUUAAUUUAUAUAAUGAUGGUAAUAAAUUAGAAUAUGGUAGUGAUGAUAAGUGUAUAAGUUUAUGGGAUGUUAAGAAAAGAUAAUAAAAAGCCAAAUUAGAUGGUCAUGAAUAUGGAAUUCUAUCAGUCCAUUUCUCUCCUGAUGGUACUACAUUAGCAUCUGGUAGUGGAGAUAACUCUAUCCGUUUAUGGGAUGUUAAGACAGGAUAAUAAAAAGCCAAAUUAGAUGGUCAUUCUAGUUUUAUUAAUUCAGUCAAUUUCUCUCCUGAUGGUACUACAUUAGCAUCUGGUAGUGAAGAUAACUCUAUCCGUUUAUGGGAUGUUAAGACUGGAUAAUAAAAAGCCAAAUUAGAUGGUCAUGAAUAUGGAAUUCUAUCAGUCAAUUUCUCUCCUGAUGGUACUACAUUAGCAUCUGGUAGUGGAGAUAACUCUAUCCGUUUAUGGGAUGUUAAGACAGGAUAAUAAAAAGCCAAAUUAGAUGGUCAUUCUAAUACAGUUUAUUCAGUCAAUUUCUCUCCUGAUGUUAUGAUAACUCUAUCCGUUUAUGGAAUUUUAAGACAGGAUAUUUAAUUCUU